AUGCUUUCCAUCAGAAAUGCGGUGGUGGUACUGGAUAAGAAGGUAGCGAGGUCUACCUUUGGAAGGGUUUUUCGAUUAGAUGGCUCUGGUCAUCCGAAAGAUCGCAAAGGCUCCCGAUUCAUGACCGAGAUAUGGGCUGGCAUGACAACCUUCUUCACGAUGGCAUACAUCAUUGCCGUGAACGCAUCGAUUCUUACUGAGAGUGGAGGAACCUGUAUAUGUAAGGACACGGCCGAUCCAUCAUGUGCGAACGAUACAUCUUACAACAAUUGCUUGAUUGGCAUCAAGCAAGACCUGACCACAGCAACCGCAGUCAUUGCUGGCAUUGGAUCGAUCGCCUUCGGAUUCCUCACCAAUCUUCCUGUGGCACUGGCGCCUGGCAUGGGAUUGAACGCCUAUUUCACCUACCAAGUUGUUGGAUAUCAUGGAACUGGAUCGGUUUCCUACAGUCUCGCUCUUACCGCCGUGUUUAUCGAAGGAUGGGUUUUCGUUUUCUUGUCCCUAGUCGGGUUGAGGCAGUGGCUUGUCAGAAUCAUCCCUGCCUCUGUCAAAGUCGCAAGUGGCGUUGGAAUCGGCAUAUUCCUGACUGAAAUUGGGUUGUCAUAUUCUGGCAUUGGCUUCAUCUCUGGGUCGACGGUCACGCCAACCGAUUUGGCCGGAUGCCCCCCCGAGUAUCUUGUCGAAGGCAACUGUUCCGGCCACAAAAUGACCAACCCAACAUUGUGGAUAGGCGUCAUGUGUGGCGGAGUCCUGACCGCCUAUCUGAUGGCUUACCGUGUGAAAUCGGCCAUCAUCAUUGGCAUCGCGCUCGUUUCCGUUAUAUCCUGGCCUCGCGAUACCUCCUUCACCUACUUCCCACGCAACAGUACCGGCGACCGGAUGUUCGACUUCUUCAAGCAGGUUGUGGCCUUUCACCCGAUUGAGAAAACUUUCAUCGCGCAAGACUGGAACGUCAGCGCUGCAUCCGGGAAUUUCGUGGUUGCAUUAUGCACUUUCCUUUACGUCGAUAUCAUCGAUGCCACCGCGACUCUCUACUCCAUGGCCCGGUUUUCCGGCGUCGUCGACCCUGAGACCGGGGAUUUCGCUCGGUCUACCCUCGCCUACUGCACCGAUGCAGUCGCUAUCUCUAUUGGGUCUCUCUUCGGCUGCUCCCCAGUCACCGCGUUCAUCGAGUCCGGCGCCGGCAUUACCGAAGGGGGCCGUACCGGCCUCACUGCCAUCACAACCGGUGCAUGUUUCCUCGUCUCCAUCUUCUUCGCCCCCAUCUUCGCCUCGAUCCCACCGUGGGCGACGGGCUGCACGCUCGUCCUCGUCGGCUGCAUGAUGAUGCGGCAAGUCACCUCCGUAAACUGGGCGUACAUCGGCGACGCGCUCCCCGCCUUCGUCACCAUCGUCGCCAUGCCCUUCACCUACUCCGUCGCCUACGGUCUCCUCGCCGGCCUCUUUUCCUACACCGUCCUCAACACCCUCAUCUACCUCACCAAGGUCCUCUCGGGCGGGCGCAUCCAGCCGCCGGACGCUGACGCCGCCGAGUACUGGACGUACAAGGUCGGCGGCUCGCACCCCCCCUGGUUCAUCCGUCUGGCGCAGGGCGAGCUGUGGCGCACGGAUAGCUUCGAGCAUAUCGAGACGCGCUCCGUGUGCGCGGGCACGGUGGCCUCGGAAAAGGAGCUUGUCGAGGGCGAGGGUGAGGGCGCCUUGCCGGUAAGAGUCCAAUCGCGGUUGGCGACUAUGUGA